AUGGGAGCUCCUUUUGGCCGCGGUGGUAUUGGACCUGCCGGACGCCGCAGACCUGUUGUACGCACCCGCCAACACGUGUCAUGGCCUACUGAGAUGGAGAAUGCGGAGCAGUUAGGUAUCAUCGCCGACAUGCAAUGCGGUGGCUGGUCCACGAAUCUACUGACCUCAAAAGGCGGCUUGUACAGCGUUGGUGUCAUGGACGGCAUAUUCGUUGGUCAACCUGCCAAGUCAAAACCUGAGAGACUUCGCUAUCCUGCCGGGCUGCCUCACCCUAACGAACGUUACGAGCCAGCAUCUGCUAUCAAACAAUUCUCUGCCGGACGUCGCCAUAUCCUGGCUCUAUCAGACGCUGGGUACAUAUGGUCCUGGAGUCAUAUCAACAUGCCUGCGCUUCAAGUCAAAUUCCUGAACGUCGACACGGUAGUCAGAGAAAAUGCCGGGCCGUCAACCCGCGGAUAUGUCAAGAAAGUUGUUGCGGGCUGGGCAAAAAGCGCUGCACUUGUGGUGGGCACCGGUAUCGUUCUUUGGGAACCUUUGGCUCGUGGCCCGCGACAGCCAGAAGGAGAAGAAGAUGCUGUGCUUGUUUUAGAGACCGCAAUCUGCCCAGGUACCGACUUCCAGAAGCAUCCUACAUCGUUUCAGCCUUCGCCUGCGAGCUUGAAGAUCGGCGAAGUACAAAACUUCAUCUGUCUUGAGCAUUACAUCAUCUUCAACACUCAUCUUGGUAAAGUAUAUGCGGCCAAGAUUGUCUGGGACGCACAAAGCAAGGCAUUGGACGACGUCAGAGAGCUGCCACUCGGACCUGAAGGAGAGACCAAAUUCGCUACAGACGUCCAAGGAUCAUUCCGUUCGUUCGCAAUUUUCACCAACGAUGGGACUGUGUACACAGGCAAUCAGGAUGAUCAUCUGCGUCUUCUAUUCCAUCCUCUUCCAGGCGAUGGCACCAUAUCCCUCAAUCGUAUCCCCGCUCUUCAACAAUCUCAGGUCAUCUCGAUAGCUUUUGGUGAUUACCACUUCCACGCUCUGCAUGCACCUGGUUACAUCACAUCGUAUGGUACAGAGCCCCAGAGCUGCGGCUGCCUCGGUUUGCGUGGUCACCAAGACCCCGAUGGUCGAAUUCGCGGACUUCGUUACCAGGGUAUCGGCGGAGACGGACGCCUGGUCCCCCAUGCCAGCCUGCAUGGUCGCAGAAUCUGGUUCGAAAAGGAAAAGGAGAAAUGGAUCACAUUCCUCGCAAGCGGUGGCCGAGAUCCCGACGAGGCCACAGAGCGCAUCCGCAUGCUCUCUGAGCUCAAGGUUCAAGGCGAGGUUAGCGAAUGGAUCGAGCAAGAAGGCAAUGCUUGGGAGCAGAGGUAUGGCGGAUCAAACGAUACACCAGACGAUGACGAUCUUGCCACAUACUUCGCUCUCAGUGUCACAGCAGCUGGUUGGCAUUCUGGUGCUCUAGUCCUCGUCAACGAGGAUAAGGCAAAAAGGGUCAGCGAAGCUUGCCUGGAAGCAGCAAAGAACGAACCGGAAGAUGAUGCCGUGGUCAAAGCAGAAGAGACUGCGCAGGGAGACCAAAUUGACAACCGUGGGUUACUCAACCGCGCUCUCGACUACGCAGGAGAUCUUGUACGGUGGUUCAAUGGCUCACCUCGUACAGAUCCCGCAGGACCCAACUCCCGCGACCCCACUAAUCCUGAUGCUUUUGUCAACCCUCAAAACCAUGGCGCCGUUUCUGAGGAUGGCCGCUCUUAUGUCUGGGCCCAGGACUCGUUCCCACGUCUCAGACUUGCAAACGGUGAAGAGAUGCCUGGAGAGAUUGACUUCUCGGAGUGGAGAUAUGGAAGACCGGGAUGGGAGGGCAAGGUUGAGGGUUAUCAUUAG